AUGGCUAUCAAUCAAAACACUACCGAGACGUCGUUCCAAGGCUCUGGUGGAAAUGGUGGAGCAAAAUAUUCACCGUCUGAACUGCGGAAGUUGCUUGAGACUCUAGUGGUGCAAAGCGUCAACACCGUCGAUGGGAAACGGCUGACCGAAACGGAUUACCAGCAACUAUGUGAAUACAUCGUGCAAGUCCUGCUGACGAAUCAAUUCGAUCGAACUACACAACAGGACAUACGGGAAGCUCGCAAACUUGCGGAAAGAAUCACGGAGCAGCUUCAGAAACUGAUCCAGUUUGAGGCAUUUCGCGAGCUAGCGAAAGAUUGCCUUGAAAAACUGUACACUUCCGAUGCACUUUCGUUAAAAACCCAUCUGUCACCAUUUGCUACGAUCAUGCUGGCGCUGAUAGAUCCAAAGCAGGGCGUUGCGUGGAUUCUGUCGAAGAAAAUGAUCGACGAACGACUUCACCAAAUUCUGAUCGUUUUCAUUGAUUGGCUGUGUACGAUAAAUUUUGCACCAAAUUUGAACGUUUGGAUUGAACAAAUGAUCAAAGGAUUGGUGGCUGAAGGAAAAAUCAAUUGUAUUCUGGGCGUACGAAAGGAGAAGCUGAAACAAUGCAAAAAUCUUAAACAACUUCCGUACUUUAAGCAGCAUGUGGAACCCGUGAUAAGUUGCUUGGAAUCGUAUGACGAUAUACAAUCGAAUAAUGAUAGGUUGAGUUAUGACUGCCCAGAGCGAUUUGAAAAUGCUUUAGACGAUGUUGGUGAUAGUUUGAUGCGACCAAAUGCGCGUGUUGGACUUGUAAACUUGGGGAACACGUGCUACAUGAAUAGCGUGGUGCAGGCAUUGGCGAUGACCAAACAGUUUUGUACGGAAGUUUUGCUUAAACAAAUCGAUGCGCCUCCAUUCUCUGAGUUUCAACAAUUGCUUGCGUUGCUGAUCCAUUCCCGGCGACCCGAACUGACUCCUCGAGCUGUACUCGCAACUACCAGACCGCCCGGAUUCGCUCCUGGUUACCAGCAGGAUUCAUCUGAAUUUCUUAGCUAUCUACUCGACCGUUUGCAUGAACAAGAGAAAAAACUUCUUCAUGGAGGCAGUCAUCAGCUUCAACAUUCGGGAGGUUUAUCCUUAUCCGGGGCAUCGUUGGAGGGUAAAACGCUGGUGCAAAAAACCUUCGAAGGAAAGCUUUCUGUGGGAUGUUUGUGUACCGUGUGUGAUGGGUCGAGUCACACUAUGGAAACGUUCCGUUCGUUAGAUCUUUCGUUUCCCGAGGACAACGAUCUCGCUGCAGCAGAAGAUGGGACGCAUUCCGUGCAGAAGCUUCUCGAUUAUUUCUGUUCUUCCGAGAAGCUAGUUGGAGAAAACCAGUACUUUUGUGAUCGUUGUCAGCAAUUACGUGACUGUGAACGUUCCGUAACAGUUACGGAUCCACCGCAGAAUCUGAUUCUUACGAUCAAGCAUUUUCGCUACGACCAGAGCCGCAAUUUGCGGGCAAAGCUGAUGAACAAAAUACUACACAAUGAAGAUAUUUCACUAACCAUAACAGAUGCUUCGGGUCAUUGCCACCAGCUGCACUACCGAAACUAUGCAGUUGUGGUACAUUACGGAACAAGUAUGGACUCGGGACAUUAUUACACCUACGCCCAGGAUGGAACGGGAACGUGGUUCAAGUUUAAUGAUAAUUACGUCACACAAUGCACCACAAGUGAACUGCAGAACAUACCAAGCCCCAACACGCCGUAUAUUUUGUUUUAUCAGUUGGUAAUGGACAGCGCCAUGGCUGUGGCAAUGGAAUCAUCUGUUACUAAUGCGGCUCAAACAACGAUUGGGUCAGCUUAUGGGGAAAUGUGCUCAACUAUGCCCGCCAAUUUUCCAGCCUUGAAUGAACUACCCACCCGUCUGCAGGAGUUUGUGCGCGGCGAUAACAUGAAGUACAACAGGGAAGUACAGGAGCAGCGCGAAAAAAAGGCCGCCAAAGUACCGCUUGUUACAUCAAUCGGUGGUUCCGGUGGCAAUCGGCGUCAAUCGGAUGACUAUGAUGAUCCUCCUCCGAGUUCGUGUGGAAGUAACUGGCUAUCACCUUCAAACAAAUUCAUCUUCUAAAGCACAUCGUUUUUCUUCACGAUGUAGUUUUCGAUGUCCGGCAUUUCCGAUACACACUCUUCAUAACUUCCUACGGCAGAA